UAGGCGGGAGCAGGGGAAGGCAGAGGGGCGGGGGAAGCUCCAGCACUCUCCGCUCUCGUUUCAAAGCGCGUUCUCCCUUCCAGGUUGGGUCGGACCUGAACCCCUAAAAGCGGAACCGCCUCCCGCCCUCUCGCCAGCAGCCCGCCCGGAGCUCAGUCGCCGGCGGCGGUGGCGGCGGACGGACCGGGGAGUUUCCUCUCGCAUUGGAUGGAGCUGAACUUUGGGCGGCCAGAGCAGCGCGGCCGUCCGGGGAUCGUUUCAUGCUGAGCUCCCUCAGCGAGACCCAGCGGCAGCUCUGGAUUUUCGGGGGGGCGGGGACCAGCUGCGCGCCGGCACCAUGUUCUUGGCGACCCUGUACUUCGUACUGCCGCUUCUGGACGUGCUCCUGUCGGCCGAGGUCAGCGGCGGGGACCGCUUGGACUGCGUGAAAGCCAGCGAUCAGUGCUUGAAGGAGCAGAGCUGCAGCACCAAGUACCGCACGCUCAGGCAGUGCGUGGCGGGCAAGGAGACCAACUUCAGCUUGACAUCGGGCCUGGAGGCCAAGGACGAGUGCCGCAGCGCCAUGGAGGCCCUCAAACAGAAGUCGCUUUACAACUGCCGCUGCAAGCGGGGUAUGAAGAAGGAGAAGAACUGUCUGCGCAUCUACUGGAGCAUGUACCAGAGCCUGCAGGGAAAUGAUCUGCUUGAAGAUUCCCCAUAUGAACCAGUUAACAGCAGAUUGUCUGAUAUAUUCCGGGCAGUCCCAUUCAUACCAGUGGAGCACAUCCCGAAAGGGAACAACUGCCUGGAUGCUGCCAAGGCCUGCAACCUGGACGACACCUGUAAGAAGUACAGGUCCGCGUACAUCACACCGUGCACCACCAGCAUGUCCAACGACAUCUGCAACCGGCGCAAGUGCCACAAGGCCCUCCGGCAGUUCUUCGACAAGGUCCCGGCCAAGCACAGCUACGGGAUGCUCUUCUGCUCCUGCCGGGACGUCGCCUGCACUGAGCGGAGACGGCAGACCAUCGUGCCGGUGUGCUCCUACGAGGAGAGGGAGAAGCCCAACUGCUUGAAUUUGCAGGACUCCUGCAAGACGAAUUACAUCUGCAGAUCUCGCCUGGCGGAUUUUUUUACCAACUGCCAGCCGGAGUCAAGGUCUGUCAGCAGCUGUCUAAAGGAAAACUACGCUGACUGCCUCCUCGCCUACUCGGGGCUUAUUGGUACAGUCAUGACCCCCAACUACAUAGACUCCAGUAGCCUCAGCGUGGCCCCCUGGUGUGACUGCAAUAACAGUGGAAACGACCUGGAGGAGUGCUUGAAAUUUCUGAAUUUCUUCAAGGACAACACAUGUCUUAAAAAUGCAAUUCAAGCCUUUGGCAAUGGCUCAGAUGUGACCGUGUGGCAGCCAGCCCUCCCAGUUCAGACCACCACUGCCACCACCACCACAGCCUUCCGGGUCAAGAACAAGCCCCUGGGGCCGGCAGGCUCUGAGAACGAAAUCCCCACUCAUGUUUUACCACCUUGUGCAAAUUUACAGGCACAGAAGCUGAAAUCCAAUAUGUCGGGCAGUCCACACCUCUGUCUUUCUGAUCGUGAUUACGAAAAGGAUGGUCUUGCUGGGGCUUCCAGCCACAUAACCACAAAAUCAAUGGCUGCUUCUCCAAGCUGCAGUCUGAAUCCACUGCUGGUCCUGGUGGUAAUCACCCCGUCCACCCUAUUAUCUUUAUCUUUGGCUGACACAUCGUAGCUGCAUUUAAAAAACAAUAUGGACAUGUAAAAAGACAAAAACCAAGUUAUCUGUUUCCUGUUCUCUUGUAUAUCUGAAAUUCCAGUUUUAGGAACUCAGUUGAGACACUGCUAAAACAGUUUCAUCCAACUGGAACAUUUUUCUUUCUUUCUUUUUUUUUUUUUUC